ACCAACAUAGUUAAUAUUUCUAACCAUUCAUAAAACCGCAAUCCUCGAUAUCGGUUGUAUUAAACCGAACUACAUAGUAAAAGUUUUAACUGAAAUAAGUGUGUUUACUAAAUUAUUAACCGCAUGCAUUUACCGGCAGAUUUGAACGGUUUAACUCCGUUCACCGAAAAUCCACAUGCGACGAUGAGCCAAGUGGACGUCUUCCCUGGGGACAAGAGCUUGAGCUCCGUCCUCGGGGAACAUUCAGGCGAGCUGGUGAGGACAGGGAGCCCAAACUUUGUGUGUACGAAACUGCCGUCGCACUGGAGAUCGAACAAGACCCUACCAGUGCCAUUCAAAGUGAUAGCUCUUGGAGAAAUUAAAGAUGGAACUAAAGUGACAAUAGCUUGUGGAAAUGAUGAAAAUUAUACUGGGGAACUGAGGAAUAGUACAGCAUAUAUGAAGAACCAAAUGGCUAAAUUCAACGAUCUUCGAUUCGUAGGCCGUAGUGGCAGAGGAAAAAGUUUCACCCUGACAAUUAUUGUGGCCACUCACCCACCUCAGAUCACCACCUACACAAAGGCCAUCAAAGUGACAGUGGACGGGCCCCGUGAGGCCAGAAGUAAAACUAAAUUGCGCACAGAUGACCGCAGAAUUAUCCACCGAGGGCCUCUUGACAUGCCCAUGGAGAGACCCCACACCGAUCCUCUAUGUGAUAGCCGACGAUUUCCACCGUCGGUAGAACUCGAGCAUCUCCGACGAAGUACGCAAGCUACAGACAACAGACGCAUUCUCGUUCCGUCGGCAGAUACAAAUGGAUUUCAUGCAACAGGUAAAUGAAAUAACAAUCAAAGUGAUAACGCGA